GAUUUUUCUUUCUUUUUUUUGUGCGCUUUCCUCCUCCGUCCCCGUCUUCCCUUCAGUCUAUCUUGUGCGCUUCGACCAUGUCCUCCUUUCUCUCCAACACCCAUUGCGUCGAAGCCCUAGCGUGGGCGAUCUGCAUCUAGGGUUUCAUCCGAUCGCGGAGUAGGACGGCGAUGGAGAAGGGAGGAGAGAGGGAUCCGGAGAUCGGACCGACGAACUCCAGCCCAGGCCUGAGCCCCAGCUCGCCGCUCCAGUCGCCGUCGCCCCGGGCGGCGUACUCCCCGCCUUUGGUCUUCUCCAGCUCCGCCAAGCAGAUGGAGCCGGGCUCUCCGUCGGCAUCCCCGAUGCGCCGGGAGGCGUCCGCCAGCGGGCGGGUGCUGGUGCUCUCCAACUCCGGGAAGCGGAUGGACCAGGGGUCGCCGUCGUCGCCCGCUACCCCGGUUCUCGUGCUCUCCAAUUCUGGGAACCGGUUUGACCAGGCGUCGCCGUCUCUGGUGCUCUCAAACUCGGGGAAAAAGAAGUAUGUGAAGCAGGUGACCGGGCGCCACAACGACACCGAGCUCCACUUGGCAGCACAGCGAGGGGAUCUGGCGGCCGUGAGGCAGAUCCUCGGCCAGAUCGAUGCCCUGAUGACGGGGACGGCCGUCGGGGCGGAAUUUGAUGCGGAGGUGGCGGAGAUUCGGUCGGCGGUGGUAAAUGAUGUCAACGACGUGGACGAGACUGCUUUAUUUAUAGCUGCGGAGAAGGGGUUUCUUGGUGUGGUCGUCGAGUUGCUUAAGUACACUAACCGGGAGAGUCUUGUGAGGAAGAACAGGUCAGGUUAUGAUGCUCUUCAUAUCGCUGUGAGAGAAGGGCACCUAGCUAUUGUCCAGGUACUUUUGGACCAUGACCCAACCCUUUGCAGAACAUUUGGCCCUUCAAAUGCAACUCCCCUUAUAUCUGCAGCAAUAAGAGGGCAUACUGAAAUAGUGAAUCUGUUGCUAGCACAUGAUGCUAGCUUAGUUGAGCUGCCAAAAAACAAUGGGAAAAAUGCUCUGCACUUUGCUGCCCGACAAGGGCAUGUUGAAAUUGCAAAAGUAUUGCUAGAAAAGGAUCCACAGCUUGCCCGAAGGACUGAUAAGAAAGGGCAAACUGCUUUGCACAUGGCAGUGAAGGGAACAAGUACCGCAGUUGUCAAAGCCCUUUUAGAUGCUGAUCCAGCUAUAGUGAUGCUACCAGAUAGAGCUGGGAACACAGCAUUGCAUGUUGCUACAAGAAAGAAGAGGGCAGAGAUAGUUGAUGUUCUGUUACUUCUCCCUGACACCCAUGUAAAUGCACUGACGAGAGACCACAAAACAGCUUUUGACAUAGCUGAAGGCCUACCUCUCUCUGAAGAGUCUGCUGAAAUCAAGGAAUGCUUAUCUCGCUGUGGUGCCGUCAGGGCAAAUGAUUUAAAUCAGCCUCGAGAUGAACUGCGGAAGACUGUAACUGAGAUCAAGAAAGAUGUUCACACACAGCUGGAGCAGACCAGAAAAACCAACAAGAACGUCCAUGGGAUUGCCAAGGAGCUCAGGAAACUCCAUAGGGCAGGCAUUAACAAUGCGACGAACUCCGUGACAGUGGUUGCUGUGCUCUUUGCCACGGUGGCAUUUGCUGCCAUCUUUACGGUGCCUGGUGGAACUGAGAAUGGAGUGCCUGGUGGAACUGACAAUGGAGUGGCAGUAGCAGUCCCUGAUCUAUCAUUCAAAAUAUUUUUCAUUUUCAAUGGUAUUGCCCUUUUUACAUCCUUGGCUGUGGUGGUGGUGCAGAUAACGCUUGUUAGGGGGGAAACAAAAGCAGAGAGACGGGUCGUGGGCGUGAUCAACAAGUUGAUGUGGCUGGCCUCUGUGUGCACUACUGUUGCAUUCAUCGCCUCCUCAUACAUUGUGGUGGGUAAGCAUUUGCAGUGGGCGGCUAUCCUGGUUACACUAAUUGGUGGGGUGAUAAUGGCUGGAGUUCUGGGGACCAUGACUUACUAUGUAGUGAAGUCAAAGGUCGCCCGUACUAUCAGGAAGAGAGAGAAAUCAGCAAGGAGGAGUGGCUCAAACUCAUGGCAUCAUAAUUCUGAUAUUUCUGAAUCUGAGGUUGAUCGAAUUUAUGCUAUUUGAAGGGAAGGUUUGUGACUCAAAUCUCCUUGGCUGAUUCCUUCUCCGUCCGAGAAUGGAUACCUAGUGAGGCCUGCCAUUUUACAAUUUAUAGAUGCUAUAUGUUUCUGAAGGUCCUCCAGAUGUGUAUAUUAGACAACCAGUGGGUAGCCAUCGUUUUUGUCAGAGAAGUCAUGAAAUUUAUUGUAUCUAUAUACAUUAACAUGAUGCCCAUCACAAACUAUAAAGACAGCUACUGUUAUCAGGCUUUAGAAUUAAGUUGAUGGGUGUUUAUAUGAACCGUGUUGCCAUGAGAUGGGAUCUAUUGAUGGUUUCAAUGGAGGUUGCAGGUCUGUACUGGGU